UGAAAGUAAAGCGGAGGAUUUUAGGUGUAACUGUACAGAGAGAAACUUGUGCGUGCAGCUGGAGUUUAACACAACUAUGGUCCAGCAGACAGAGCACGGCGAGACGGACAGUCUGUCCAGAGAGGCGACCGACUCGGAUGAGAGCGAGUUCAUGGCGUGCAGCCCGGUGCCCGGUUCCGAGAUGAACCCGGACUGGUGCCGGACGGCCACCGGUCACAUCAAGCGUCCGAUGAACGCGUUUAUGGUGUGGUCCAAGAUCGAGCGCAGGAAGAUCAUGGAACAGUCUCCGGACAUGCACAACGCGGAGAUCUCCAAGCGUCUGGGCAAGCGCUGGAAGAUGCUCAAGGACAGCGAGAAGAUCCCGUUCAUCCGAGAAGCCGAGCGCCUCCGAUUAAAACACAUGGCUGAUUAUCCAGACUACAAGUACCGACCCAAGAAGAAACCCAAGCUGGACGGGAAAUCGGCUCCGUCCCCGGAGAAGCCGUGCGCAAAAGUGGUUAAAUCCAGCGCCGCGUCUAACAAGAAGUGUCCCAAACUGAAAUCCAAAUCAGGCAGCAAAUACGCGGACGAGUACGCCUUCAAGAGCGCAAAAGUCGCACGCAUGGUCAAGACCGAGUUUUCAGACGAGGACGACGACGAUGAUGAUUACGAGUAUGAAAACCGGACGCGCAGGCGCUUUAUUAAAGAUCUGGACGAUGAGGACCAGACGCGCUUGUACGGCGCUGCUAAAGUCCCCGCCAGUCCCACUCUGAGUUCCAGUGCGGAUUCAGAAGGUACCAGCAUGUACGAAGAUGCGACCAGCUCGGCUCACCAUAACACGCGUCUCUAUUACAACUUCAAGAACAUCACCAAGCAAAGCGCAUCCAUCACGACUGCUUCAUCUGCUUCGUCGCGAUCUGUUUCGACAUCUUCCAGCUCCAGCGAGGACUCAGACGACCUGCUAUUCGAUUUCAGUCUGAAUUUAGCAGCAGCAGCUUCGCAGUGCACUGAGCCGAGCGGUUCGAAUCUAUCCCUAUCUUUAGUGGAUAAGGACCUGGACUCGUUCAGCGAAGGCAGCCUGGGCUCACACUUCGAGUUUCCUGACUACUGUACGCCCGAGCUGAGCGAGAUGAUAGCCGGCGACUGGCUGGAGAAAAACUUUUCAGAUCUGGUUUUCACCUAUUAAAGUGAAAUAAGACUCGGAGAAGGAAGAACGUGCGUGCGCGUUUUGGAACGAACCAGACCGCUUGUUGUGCGGUGGCGUUGAACGCUGCACGGCGGUCUGACAGACCAGCCGAACGGAGAAGCUAGACGCGUGAACGGUACCGUAGCAAAAAAAGAACGAUUUUUUAAAAACGUUUUCUGGCAGCAUGACAGGGUUUAAUGGAUUUUUUCUGUAGGUCUAUAAUAUACCAGACCGUAAAGGGGAAAAAUCUCUAAGAACUAUGCAUCUUUAACCCGAUUUAUAACUGCAGGGAGCUGAACUAAGACUCUUGCCUGACUAGAAGCGAAUCUGUGAAGCGUUCAUUCAGGACUCCAACUUCAAAUCAUGGUCCUUUCUGUUCUCGACCUCGAAAGGUCUUUUCUUUUUUCCGUUUUUUAUCCGACUCUAGUUUACUUACCGGUGUGAACCUUAAAUCAGCCUAUUCUUACCCAGAGGAGCCGUUUUAUACAUAAACAGACCUCAUGUUUUUAAAAGAAAGCAAACUAUUUUCAGGCGUAUUUUUGUACAGUACAAAAAGGGAAUGUUCUUAUCAAGUUUCAGGCACUUCUUUUCUCCUCACAGUUUGUCUAAGCAUGCAAAGCGAGUCCCCACUCGUAUCUGCAAUGCUUUGUGGUUGGUUUAAAAAAUUUUUUUUUUGUACAGUUGAUCAGUAGAUCAGAUUCGUCCAGUAUUUGUAGAACCUAGCCUAAUGAAUGGCAUCUGUCAGUGGAAGAUGAUUGGCAGUACCUCCAUGCUGGUACUACUUUUUAGAUUGUAUAUGUACUGUAUAAUAGUAAAAGUUAGGAGUUUAAUGUAUAUCAUACUCGUGAUAUGUGGAUGGGUCCCAAAUCGCAGGUGUGAAACUGGAUUUUUAAUGGCACAUACUGUUUCUGUUUCGCCUUUCAUUUUUUUGUUUGUGCAAUAUUUUUACUUGUAAAUGCAGACCUACGAUUUAGUUGUAGCAAAUAAUUGCCAGACUGACACAUCGCUGUGAAUUAUGAUUUGUCCGAAUUAUGAAUGUCAGUCUUUGGAUGAGAUGAGGAAUCAGCUGGAACUGAUACAGAGUAGUGUAAUAAAAUUUUUCUGGAUAGGACAAAAAACAAUAUCCUUAAAACUGGACAACUGAUAUCCAUCAAAUCUAUAGAAAAUGAUCAAUGUUACUUAAACGUGUCAGUGAGCAAGUACUGAUUGUAUAUGGUCUGGCUGAGAAAAUGUCAAGCAAGCAAAAAAAGUACAUUCCAUAUCCUUGUUUCAUAUGAUGGAACGUUUUAUGUUCAGUGUAAGACUGCCUUCUUUUCUAAAUCCAACCACAGACUGUAUUGUUUUCUUGCACUUAAGCAGAUUUUGUUUAUUCUAUGUGGGUCUUACAUGAAGUCUGUUUUAAAUCCAUGAUUGGGAGAGCAAAACAGAAGUGAUGAAGCAUUGACAAGCAUUUGCCUCACAUUCCAAGUGUGAAUCUCUUUGACUCAUGUUUUAAUAAACAAAUAUCUACACCGUGAA